GAGUGUCACUGAGGCUCCAGAAGCUGGCACCUUGCUUGUCAGUGUCACCUGCCUGCAUGACCUGCAUUCCUGCAGCCCAAAGCAUCCUGGAAAAUGUCAUGGCUGCAUGACAUCUCUGUGACAAUGGAGAAGAUCUGCCUAGGAUCUCAAGGCUUGGGAGAUAAUGAUGACAACAAUGACAAAUGCAGCUACUUCUGUCACUCCUUACAUCCUCCAGCCGAGGGCAAGAGCUACGACAGCUUGGGUGACAGUCAGGUAGAGGAUCUGGGAGAACCCAUCCCAUUUUCCCUAAAUCUCAAGCACUUUUACAUGGUGAAAGACAGAGUGAAAAACAGAAUGCAUGCCAAGACGUUGGCUGAACACACGCUGGAGCUUGAGGAGAAAGCUCCAGAGUUUCAGAAGUCAUUUUAUGAAGACACAGAAAUUCCUGGCUACGUGUCCAAAGAUGAGGACCACAGCUGGACCAAUCCUCUUCCUGUGCAUCAAAUGUUGCAUGUUCUCCAAACUGCCAGUACAGCACCAGGUGGCUCUUAUGACUCUUUCCAGUGUGGCAUGGGCAAGCACUUGGGGAUGGACGCCUUUGCCCCAUGGGCCCAUGCUGAUGACCCUUACCUGGGGUACCCAGAGCACACCAGGGGAGCAGAGCCCCACAUGCUGCCUGAGCAGGUCAUCGAGGGCAGAGAGUUCCCUUCCCUGCUGCUGGCAUAUGAUGUGCUCAGGGCAGAGAACACCAUGCUCAGGAGGGUGAUUGGGAACUUGCAGAGCUCCUUGGAGAGGCAGAUAUGCAUGGUACAGAACCUGGAGAAGCAUCUGAGGGCCAGCCUGGCCAAAGAAGAGAGUAAAGCCCAAGAGCUGCAGUACUUUGUCCAGCAGAGUGAGCAGACUCUCCAUCUAAUGACCCAGCGGGCUCUGGAGGCAGAAAGCAAUGUGGAGAAGCUGAAAGAGGAGAUCUCUGCUCUCCAAGGAGAGCUGCAGAGCUCCAAGGCAGAGAAUGAAAACCUGAAAGCAGGCCAAACAAUGGACAUGGGGGCAGUGAAAUGCAACAUAGACUUUGCUUUGCAGAACCUCCACAAGGUAAUAACAGGUGCAAACUGGUCCAUCAGACAGCUUGCCUCCGGAGCAGAGUCACUCUGUUUUGUUGCUGAGGUCCUUAAAUCUACUGGCAGAAUUUCCACAGCUGAAGCAGAAGAAGAGUCAUGAGCUCAGUUCUGUGAAGGUCCCAUGGAUGAGGGCAUGGACUGAGACUACAGAUCUUCAUCUACAGCUGUACUAAAACUUUGAUGUGCUUGAAGUGUGUGUUCAGAUUUGUAGCCUUUGUUCUUCAAGGCAAUAAUUGUCAUUAAGUACAAAUUGCAGGUGGUGAUGUCCUUUUACUCACCGAUGCUCUGCUCUGGCACUGUGGAAACAGCAACAAAUGUUUCCCAGGCUCUGAGCUGCAAGGUCCAGCCAUGGUGAGUGCUGCACAAGAGGUUGUGCCACUGCUCCAGCUGACUUGAGCUCUUGUGUGGGAGCCAGGAGGA